GCGCAGGACUUGAGUGCUAGCGGUCUGGCCGGGCGGAAUGAGCGGGCCCGGGGCAACCGGCUCGGUGCGCGGGCUGCGGGUGGACGGGCUGCCCCCGCUGCCCAAGAGCCUGAGCGGGCUGCUGCACUCGGCGUCGGGCGGCGGCGCGUCGGGGGGCUGGAGGCACCUGGAGCGGCUGUACGCGCAGAAGUCGCGCAUCCAGGACGAGCUGAGCCGCGGGGGCGCUGGCGGCGGCGGGGCGCGGGCCGCGGCGCUGCCCGCCAAGCCUCCUAAUCUGGACGCCGCGCUGGCCCUGCUGCGCAAGGAGAUGGUUGGCCUCCGACAGCUGGACAUGUCCUUGCUCUGCCAGCUAUACAGCCUCUACGAGUCCAUCCAGGAGUACAAGGGAGCGUGCCAGGCUGCGUCGAGCUCAGACUGCACUUACGCUCUGGAGAACGGCUUCUUCGACGAAGAGGAGGGCUAUUUCCAGGAGCAGAGCCCCCUGCACGACAGGAGGGAGCGAAGCCCCCCGAGGGACCCCUCACCGCCCGUCUCCCCGCUCUGCAGCGCCGACUGGAUCCUGGAGUCCAUCUAAAGGACCCAGGAGGGAGGCGACUGUCAGCGUGUGCUUCUCCUCUCCUCCCCCGCUGCGGGCAUCCCUGGGCCAGUGGGACCUGUGCUGCCCGUUUAGUUUGCAGGCAGGGAGAUCUGCCUGGGCGCGGGGCCUCGGGCCAUUUCGGGGGCCGCUUUCUACUGAGGUGACCUGGAGGCGUUCAGCAAUCUCCUCACAGCCUGGCCCUGAGGCCCUGCGGCCAAGGAUUUGUACUGAGAGCAUGAUGAGAGGGUCCCUGGAGAAGACCUGCUCGGGUAUUUUGUGCGAGAUGAGAGGACCCGUGUGUAGCUGGCGGCUUUCUCACAGGUAGGGUUUGCCUCCAGUUUACAGUGUAAGAGAGCGAACACUUCCCUGCUGCCCUUCCUCGGUGUGUUCGACAGCCCUUCUUGCUGUUUGCUGAGCUCCGAAGCCACUGGGUUGAGCUGUAUUUAUUUGUCAGCUGCAUUACUCAUGGUCCAGUGACUCAGUAAAAGCUUUUCCCUGAAACAGUAAACAUUUCAGGUCACACCAAUCAAGAGAACUGCAUUCUCUUAACCUGUCAGAAAUUUUUGUAUCAUCGUUUGUCCAUCAGAUGUGGGAGGAAGGAAGAUAGUACAAAGAUACUUCAAACCGGGGGAAAAACUGGAGCAAGCUGUGUUUUGUGUCUCUCGUGGGAAGGCGGUGAACGUUUCAGGUUUAAAGAUUCUGAAUGUCAGCUACUAUGUGAGACAGCAAACUCUUCCACUCAAAACGGUCGCCACCUUAAGCCUUACUAUAUUUAUUAAAAUCUUUCCUGCACACUUUACGCUUUGUAGGUUACAAGUGAGGAUAAAAUGCUAAACUGUCUGUGGUUGUGUAUCGAUAUUAUUUUGGUCUGAAUUAAGAAUCAUCAACUUGAAUGCGUCGAAUCCGAUCAACUGCUGAAAGGAAAUUGCAGUUUGUUUUCUUGCCAUUAAGAAUCUGAAAGCAGCUUUAUUCCUCUCUUAGCUCGUUCCUGGAGUUGUUUUAUCAGUAGACUGCGGCUGACAGUUCCGUCUCAGGGCUGUUCAGUCACUGAAUACUCUGGGCCCCUCGCCUCUCUUCUCUUCUCUCCUUUGGUGCAGUAGUUGCUUAUUAGCACCUCUUUGGGGUCAGAGAGAGGACGUAGAACUCACCAUCGUGAAGCAGCAUGUUGACAGCCUGUCAUGUACACAACCCCAUGUCAGGGAUU